UUAUAGAUUGUGAGUUAUAAAAUAAAGUUAGCUAAGCAGCGGAGGAGCUAAGAUCAGAGAAAUAUUCAACAUGGGUGAAACCAACAUUUUGGUGUACUUAAUUGUAGGUCUCUUAGGUAUUGCAGCUGCUGCUCUCGGAUUUGCUGCUGAAGGCACUAGAAUCAAGGUCUCUGACAUCCGCACAACGGAAUUUAGUUGCAUUUACCCAAGCACUUCAGCUAACAUACUUGGAUAUAUAGCAGCAUUGCUCACGCUUAUAGCUCAAGUAACCAUUAGCGCGGUAGCUCGAUGUGGGUGCUGCCAGAGAAACACUUCAAACACUAAAUCGCCUGCAGCAAUAUUCUUCUUCGUUGUUUCAUGGGUGGCUUCUGUCAUAGGGAUUAUUCUCCUAAUAGCUGCGGCUAAUCUCAGCACUCGUCAAGAAUAUCUAGAUGCAACAGGGCUCUGCUACACCGUGAAACCUGGCGUAUUCGCCGCCGGUGGUGGCUUAGCACUUGUGGCGUGUAUAUUUGGCCUAUGGUCCUACAGCUCCGUGACCAAGCACCAUGUACUAUCUGUACCAGUUGCGGUUCCAUAUAAUCAAGGUGGCAUUGCCAUGGGAAAUCCUCAGUUUGCUACUGCUUCUGCAUACACAAACCCAAAGCAACAACAAUAUGUUUGAACUUUGAAUUUCUGGUUUAUUUGUGGAGUUUCAGAUCAUGUUGUAUACUUGUAUAUAAGAGUGCUUCUAACGUCUGGAAUGGACUGCAGAUUUUGUGAUUUCAAUUUUGUACGAGCAAUGAAUUUCAAAGUCAUUUUUUCUUCUUAAA